GCAGGGGGGCGGGGCUAGACAGGUAAAGGUGAGCUUGUCUCGCGCCUACUAUACGGGAAGGCAUUCCGACUUUUUGUUGACUCCUUUGUUAUACCAUUUUGAGCCGACUGAAUAAUCAAAAAUGGUGAAGGAAGAAAAGGAAAUAGCCAACCGGCCUGACAACACAGCCUUCACCCAGCAGAGGCUUCCUGCAUGGCAGCCCAUGCUCUCCGCUGGCAUUGUCAUCCCAGGGUUUGUCCUCAUCGGCCUGGCAUUCAUUGGCAUUGGUGUUGCUCUCUUUGUCACUUCAAGAAGCAUCACGGUUUUGGAGAUCGACUACACUGGUAUUGAAACAGAUUCACCAUGCUUCAAGUGCUCAAACCCAGAUGUCAAGAACUGUGUGUGCAACCUGGACUUCUCCAUUGACAGUCUCUUUGAGGGACCCGUGUUCUUUUAUUAUGGUUUGUCAAACUACUUCCAGAAUUACAGAAAGUAUGCUGCAUCCAGAGAUGAUAAUCAGCUGUCUGGAGACUUGGAUGCCUUUACCGCUCCCAGUGACAGCUGUUCACCCUAUGAUUAUAACAGCAACGAUAAGCCAAUUGUACCCUGUGGAGCAAUCGCAAACAGCAUGUUCAAUGACACUUUCGUGCUGUAUAGGGUCGUCAAUGGUGCAAGGAAGCUGGUGCCCUUGGAUGGAAAAGGGAUUGCUUGGUGGACAGACUACAACGUCAAGUACCGAAACCCCAGUGUGACACCUCUGAAGAAUGCAUUCAACAAUACUGUAAAACCCAUAUUUUGGCCCAAGCCCGCUUACCAGUUGGACGCCUCAGACCCUGCUAACAACGGCUUCAUCAAUCAAGAUUUCCUGGUGUGGAUGAGGAGAGCCGCCCUGCCAGAUUUCAGAAAGCUGUAUCGACGAAUCACCGGGGGGGAGUAUGAAAAGGGUCUCCCAGCUGGAAACUACUCUCUUACAAUUGCCUACAACUAUCCCGUUCAGAGCUUCGACGGGACAAAGAAGGUGGUGUUCAGCAACGUGUCCUGGAUGGGUGGAAAGAAUGAGUUCCUCGGCAUUGCCUACCUUGUUGUUGGUUCAUUGUGCGUCUUGAUGUCCAUAGUCAUGCUCAUUGUCUAUGCUAAAUUCAAGUUUCCUGAGGAAGACUGAGUGCCCCCUCUCCCUCUGAGCAUGUGUGUUUCUGCACAUGAAGAUGUAUGCUAAGGAGCAAGUCUGUUCACACUUUUUCUGAGGCAAGCCUUGACACGGGAGUUUCCCUGCGACUGCAAGACAUAAUGAUAUCCAAUAUGGUUAUGUUAUGUAUAUAUUGAUAUUAAGUUAAAAACAAUGCAAAGUCAGUAACAAUAUAUUAAAGCCAUAAACUGUUUGAUAAGCCAUAUGAUACAGACAAUAAUUUAUAAUUGAUUUUUUGAGAGCUGUGACGUUUAGCUUAGCAAUAGUGCUAUUAAUUGUGGGAAUAUUAACUCAGGUAUCUGGUGCACAGGCAUGCAAGCCCAUGUUUUAACUCUUAAUGUGGUUCUAAGAUUUUACAUCAUGUUUAUAUUUAUUUAAUAAAAUGUCUUUAAAACAAUU